CCUCGCUCUGUGGCGCCUGCCCCACUGGAGCCACGUGCAAAACAAAACUGACGUCUGACUCAACCUUGUCAGUUCCGUACUGUUCCUGCCCCGAUGGCUAUGGGAUAACCACAACCGACUGUGUUCAGGGUAGACAUCCCACCGUCUCUUCCUACAGCUACACAUACGUCAUGAACGACACGUAUGCCUAUACCUUCCGCCUCAGGCUGAAUGUGUGCACUCCGAUUCCGGAAAAAGCGCUUGGCCUGGUCACGAUAAUAUAUGGCAUGGACAACAUUGGCGAUGCUCCCGCUUGCAGCAAUAUUAAAUUCUACAAUUCGAAUUAUUGUCAAGGCAAAGCAUUCUACGAAGAGUGGCCGCUCGAGCAAGCAUUUCAGGACCUUUUGAGGGGACAUGCUAUAAC